UCGCGCAACGGCCAUCGUCGACUGUUGCACCGACAGCCAAAACAGCCAAAGGACUGACCUACCAGCUUUGUUUCCUAUCUUGCACCACCCCGUGUUCGUCCACUCGCGAGUCGACGCCAACCGUUCUUCAUGGUCGCUUAUUCUGCUCAAUCACCAUCUCUUCACAAACCGACCCCUCCACGCAAGAUGGCGAAGUUCCGAGCGAGCAAUGUGCUGGGUGAUCCUUUUGCGCUCGCAACCAUCUCUAUUUCCAUUUUGGCGUGGUUGAUCGCAUUUGUCGCAUCCAUCUUCUCCGAUGUUAAGGGGGGGUUCCCCAAUUACUCGUGGUGGGCUAUCGCCUACAUGUUCUGUGUCAUCACUGGGAUCACCGUCGUCUUCGGUUCGGAUACGGGCCAUGUCUAUAACGUUGCACUUGUUGCGUACCUGGCUGCGGGCCUGGUCUUCACUACAUUGGCCCCGAACACGCUAGUAUAUCAGAAGCAAGCAUCUGCACAAGCGGCAGGGGCUGGAUUUAUCCUUCUGUCCAUGGUGAUUAUUGUGUGGAUCUUUUACUUUGGUUCCAGUCCUCAGGCCUCUCAUCGCGGCUUUAUUGAUUCGUUUGCCCUCAACAAGGAGCAAAAUGGAUACGGAAACAACCCACGGCAUAUGUCGAACGUUUACGGCAACCGUCCCGAGACCUCGACCAGCCAGAUGCCCCAGAUGUACACUUCUGCUCAACUCAACGGCUUCGAAACAUCGUCCCCCGUGUCUGGGUACCCCGGCGGUCCUCCUGGUGCUGAAAACCCCCACGCGUCCCGGUUCGGUGGUUCGGUGGCUGGCAACCCUGGCGAUAUUCCGAGCGAAGUGCCUCAACCGACCGAGUACCCAUACCGCGCCAAGGCAAUUUACUCGUACGAUGCGAACCCAGAAGACGCCAACGAGAUCAGCUUCUCGAAGCACGAGAUCCUGGAAGUAUCCGACGUCAGCGGGCGAUGGUGGCAGGCCAGAAAAGCAACAGGCGAAGCGGGUAUUGCGCCAUCGAACUAUUUGAUUCUUCUGUGAUCGAUUGGGUUUGGUUUUGGCAAUAUGGCGUAUUCCUUGUUCUUGUUCUUUUCGGGUGAUGUUUGCUACUUUCGUCAUACGUUUAAAAAGGACGAGAAAAGACCUUUUUUUUUUCUUGAUCCUUUUAUUUUGUUAUUGAUUGAUACCCUCCCUUGUCGGAUCUCUUGGUGUGAUUCUGGUUACAAGAUUAUGUCAUG